AUGCCAGCCCUCUACUUAUUUGGAAAGAGGACGCUCUUGGCCGGUGACGACCUGCAGCUUCCAGCCGCAUUGACCAUAGGUGCACGCAUCGUCCAAGUCGUGUGUCUGGCACUCCCGAUUUCCAUUUGGCUCAUCAACGAUGCUGGCAAGAGUGGGGAAAGCUUGUUCUUUUUUCUAAUAACGGAUCCAUCCCACGAUGCAUCUUGUACGCAUUCACACUAUUAUCCAUUGUUCAAUAGCUUGCAUCUUUUGGGAACCCUAUUAUUUGGAAUUGUGAGUGUUUUCCUGGAGCUACAAAUAUGGCAUUGGACCUCUCAAGGGACGCCAACUAUUCGGGAACCCCGGUCGAGUAAAGUUCAGUUGCUUCUGGAACGGAAGUUUUCCUACUUGACAAUGUCCUUGAUUGGAGUGGUCUUUCUCUACAUAACGGGAAUUGGUUUUGCCCAAACCUACUUGGUGUGUCACGAAGAAGAAGACGAUGCGAACACUCUGUGGAUUGGCACCCAUUCUUGGUGGAUCCUCAGUGCCGUGCUGAUAUUUUCACAAGUGGCGGAACUCUUGUUGAUUUCCCUCUUUUUGGCCCGACUCAUCUUGCAACACGAUGGCAAUGGAGAUGGCGUGUGGAACAAUACAAAUGCUCAUCAUUAUCAUCGCAAUUUAUCUCAAGAGCUUUGGACGGAUCGAUGUCACUGGAUGUGCAAAUGCUUAUCCAUCUCCACUUGUUGUCUAUUCGGUGGACAAGAUUUGAUAGAAAAUCACAACCCUGCCGUGUCUACGAACAAUAUUUAUCAGCAAGUUGCUAUUGCGCUGGCAGAAUAUCUGGAAACAAGAGGAACAUUGGAUGUUGUUCCAUCGGAUCUAAUCACUGGACUCUUGAUGCUACAAAAGAUACAAGAACAACGGAAGUUGAAGGCGCAAAUUCAAGUAAGGCGAUCUAGUCAUCAUCAGCAGCAACAACAACAACGACAUACAUCGAUAGUCGUGGACGAGUCUCCUGGUAUCCAAAUGGAGCCUCAAAAUACUAGCAAAAAGUCACUGACGCGGCGGAUCCGAACAGGCAAUACUCCGGAACCGAAGUCACGGAGUUCGUCAUUUUCCCAAAGGGCGGCUAGCAGUGGCUCCCUUUCCGCAUCGGGAUCCUCUUCUUCCUCCUUGACAGGCCUGGUGGAAACCAGUCACUUGGUACCACCGACAUUGCCCGAAGAUCCUCGGGUUUUGGGCAGGACUGACGUGCUCUAUGCUCCUCGAAAUGGUCAAGUGCUGGAUCCCAACAAUCCUACGGACCAAGACUUUUUGCAAGAAGGAGCUCAGAUGGCCAAGUACGCUCUGGCGAUCUACACUUGGAUGCUCUAUGUCUUUGUGAAUCCCAUUUCUGGAUUUCCCAAUAUUCUUUGUAGGUCUUGCAAAUUGUGUUGUUGCACUUCCAAACAGUCUUAUCGGAAUCGGGGAUCUCGAAAUAGUAAUGGCCCUUCGUUGUUGGGCAAUGACGAAGAAUUCCCCACAACAAUUGGUGAUAAUCUGUGCCAAUGGCACAAGAGUGCCCUGCUUCUAGUCGCACAACUGGAUCACACCGACUUGGUGUACGCCCAAUUGGAAAAUCGCUUGUCCCUAAUGCCGUAUUGCAUUUUGCUGGAUCACGAGACGAAAUGCAUCGUCAUUUCUAUUCGAGGUAGUUUGAGUUUGGAAGACUUGGUGACGGAUGCCUUGAUUGAUCCAGAAUCUUGCGAAGGCCUAGGAGAAGAGUUUGGAUUUGAUGCUCACGGGCAAUACUGCCAUGCGGGCGUGGUGGCGUGUGUCAACAAUAUCUACCAAGACUUGCAACGGCAUCGACUACUGGAUUCACUCGCAGAAGACUUUCCAGAUUAUGGCUUGAGACUUGUGGGACACAGUUUGGGAGCUGCUAGCGCCACUUUGCUCGGGUACAUGUUAAAGAGCCGGUACAAUGACUUGAAAGUGUACAAUUUUUCACCUCCAUCCACCAUGACGUGGGACAUGGCAACCCAGUGCAGCGAAUGGACCACAAGUUUUGUCCUAGAUGCGGAUAUUGUUCCAAGGCUUUCCGUCCUGUCGAUGGAAGACCUUCGCGAUGAAGUCUUGCAACUGAUUGGAAAUUUGAAGGUACCGAAGCAUCAAGUCUUUGAAAGCAUAUUUGCGAACUGUACGACCGGACAAUGUUUUGGUGGACCAGAUUCCGAACCCGAAGAGAUGGAUCUAGAACAGAACCUAAUCGACAUGAAUCGGAAAAUCAGUGAGAUGCUCAUUGAUGACGAGCCAAUAGACACUGUGUAUCAUCGCCAACUGCAGGAAUUUUUACGAAUCCAAGCAGAAUUGAAACGAUCUCGAGGCGAUAGUCGGACUCAAUUUUUGUAUCCUCCUGGAAGGAUGAUCCAUCUACUCAAGACUGGAGAAGAUUCGGGAUGUUCUCAUGCGAUGAAAAAGUGUAUGACUUGUUGCAUGUCCAACUCCGGCUUCCGCUAUACUCCGAUCUACAUUUCGAAUGACGAUCUAAAUAGAAUCGUCGUCGGUCCAACAAUGGGAACCGACCACUUUGUCGAUCGAAUGUAUUUUGAAUUGAUGGAUCAAGAAAACCCUGGUUCAAAGGUUGAGGGUGUUCUUUCUGGAGGUCUUGAACCUCAGAUCCUUGUCGAUAUCAUUGGCCUUGCGGAAGCUGGAGUCGGUUUCUUCAUAGGCUUUGAUCUCGAAGAGGUCUUCAACACGGACCCAAUGGAGCCUGUCGUGUCUGAGUCUGGAUUUCCCUUCAUCUAUAACUUUGAAGAAUACCACCUGGCCAAAUUGAAGCUUGAAGCGACUGUGAACAAUGCUUUCUUUAGGUGGAAGCUUCUCGGAAAAGAAGAAGAAAGCUGCGACAACAGGGAGGUUCGCAUUCUCGAUGCCCUUUCCAAUGAAGGCAGCUGUUGCAAUGCAGAAGCAGUUGGAGCACAAUGCUGCCGCGACGAGGAUUGUGGCAAUGGAGCCACGCACUAUUGCGAUGGUGAUCAACAGUACGUAAUCCGCAAUUGCGACGCCGCCAACGUCGCCAUCGAAUGCUGUGCCAGCAGCGACUACAACACAGGAACUCAGCAUUGUGUUUCCAAUAUUUGCAUCGAACAGGGGAAUCCAGGCGCCCUGAGCUGGUGUGGAAGCGAUGAUAUCGAUCUCCAUGUCAUCACAUCGGCUGGCUUCAGGAUUGAUUAUCAAAAUACAAUCGAUCAAUUGACCGAAGGGAACCUAGACACGGAUGACAUUCCACAAGAGGAAGGAUGCUAUGUUGAAAACAUUCUAUCCCCCCUUCGGCCUUCUUUGUGGACAGCUUCAAGCAAAUUCUGGGAGCCGACAAUUGGACUGUCCAUGCCUAUCUUGGAGACGAGGAACAAGCUAUCCAAUCAGGAACAGAAGACAGUGAGCGAUUUGUCUAUACCUUGGCGUAACCGAGAUGCAGAUUGGCGAACUGUUUUGCUAUCUAUACAUCUAUACAUCUGCUGCGUGGUUAAGAUGUAUCUUGAUCUUCAAUAUCAAGGGAACUUGAACCAAACUGUGAUACGCAUUACUUUCUAA